UAAUAAACCUGGGGGAAGUUUAAUCAUUCCGCAGCGAGCCCGGCUCUCUCACUGGGCAUGCUCAGUGGCCCGGCCCCGCUCCGGCGGCGAGUGACUGUCUUGGGCGCAGGGCUCGGGUCGGCGGCCGCUUCGGCGGGGCUUCCAGGAGUGCGGACGGGGCGCUGCAGCCCCUGAGGCGGGAGCCAGACGCGCCCCGCGGUCCCCGCCCGGUCGCAGGGCCCAGCCAGAGCCGCGUCGUUCCGAAACCCGGGAGCCCCCAACUUCGCGCCAAGUUCGGAACCGCCCUCCGGGGUAGCCAUGCAAAUGAUGACCAGGGACGUUCUGCUAGAAAUGGACCAGGAGGAGGAGGACGACGACGACGGGGACAUCGGUGAUGUUGCUGCCUCCAAGAGGCCUUUUCUGACUUCUCACCCAUCCAGGCCGGGGUUGGACAACAUUGAACAGACAGCUGUCUCCAGUUUUGGAGCACUUGAAAGUCAGCCUGAUUUCCGAACCCCAGAGUUUGAAGAAUUUAAUGGGAAACCCAACUCCCUUUUUUUUAAUGAUGGUCAGCGAAGAAUCGACUUUGUUCUAGUAUAUGAAGAUGAAAGCAAAAAAGAAACCAAUAAAAAGGGUUCAAAUGAAAAACAAAGGAGAAAAAGACAAGCAUAUGAAUCCAACCUCAUCUGUGAUGGCCUGCAUUUAGAAGCAACAAGAUCGGUUUUGGAUGAUAAGCUUGUGUUUGUAAAAGUACAUGCCCCAUGGGAGGUGUUAUGUACGUACGCUGAGAUAAUGCACAUCAAAUUGCCUCUGAAACCCAAUGAUCUGAAAACCCGGUCCUCAGCCUUCGGUAAUUUCAGCUGGUUUACCAAAGUCCUCCAAGUGGAUGAAAGUAUCAUCAAGCCAGAGCAGGAGUUUUUCACUGCCCCAUUUGAGAAGAACCGGAUGAAUGAUUUUUAUAUUCAGGAUAAAGAUACUUUCUUCAAUCCAGCCACCAGAAGCCGCAUUGUUUACUUCAUCCUCUCUCGAGUCAUGUAUCAAGUAAGAGACAAUGUUAAAAAGUUUGGAAUUAACAAACUUGUCAGCUCUGGGAUCUAUAAAGCGGCUUUCCCUCUCCAUGAUUGCACCUUCAACCAUAAGUCAGAGGAUGUCAGCUGCCCGAGUGAACGGUACCUUCUGUACAGAGAGUGGGCUCAUCCACGAAGUAUAUACAAAAAGCAGCCGUUGGAUCUUAUCAGGAAAUAUUAUGGAGAAAAGAUUGGAAUCUACUUUGCCUGGCUGGGCUACUAUACUCAGAUGCUCUUGCUGGCCGCAGUUGUAGGAGUGGCUUGCUUUCUCUAUGGCUAUUUUAAUCAAAAUAACUGUACGUGGAGCAAAGAAGUUUGUCAUCCUGAUAUUGGUGGCAAGAUCAUCAUGUGUCCUCAGUGUGAUAAACAUUGUUCAUUCUGGAAUCUCAAUAUUACUUGCGAGUCCUCAAAGAAAUUGUGCAUCUUUGACAGUUUUGGAACCCUAGUGUUUGCAGUAUUUAUGGGAAUAUGGGUCACCUUGUUUUUGGAGUUCUGGAAGCGGCGCCAGGCGGAACUCGAGUACGAGUGGGACACAGUCGAGUUACAGCAGGAAGAGCAGCCCCGGCCAGAAUACGAAGCGCAGUGUACUCACGUGGUGAUCAAUGAGAUCACUCAGGAACAAGAGCGUGUUCCCUUCACUACCUGGGGAAAAUGUGUCCGUAUAACCCUCUGUGCAAGUGCUGUCUUCUUCUGGAUCCUGUUGAUCAUCGCCUCCGUUAUUGGGAUCAUUGUCUACAGGCUGUCGGUGUUCAUUGUGUUUUCUACCAAACUUCCCGAGACCUUGAACGGGACGGACUCAAUCCAGAAGUACCUGACCCCUCAGACAGCCACGUCUAUCACAGCUUCCCUCAUCAGCUUUGUCAUCAUUAUGAUUCUGAACAUCAUAUAUGAAAAAGUGGCCAUCAUGAUUACGAAUUUUGAACUCCCAAGGACGCAGACAGAUUAUGAGAACAGCCUGACCAUGAAGAUGUUCUUAUUCCAGUUUGUCAACUACUAUUCUUCAUGCUUCUACAUCGCAUUCUUUAAGGGCAAAUUUGUAGGUUACCCAGGAGACCCCGUCUAUUGGCUGGGAAAAUACAGAAACGAAGAGUGUGACCCAGGUGGCUGUCUCCUUGAACUGACGACGCAGCUGACAAUAAUCAUGGGAGGCAAAGCAAUCUGGAAUAACAUACAAGAGGUGUUACUCCCCUGGGUCAAGAACCUGAUUGGACGAUGUCGCACAGUUUCUGGAGCAGAAAAAAUGACCCCGCGAUGGGAACAAGAUUACCACCUGCAGCUCAUGGGCAAACUGGGAUUGUUUUAUGAAUAUCUUGAAAUGAUUAUUCAGUUUGGGUUCGUCACCUUAUUUGUGGCCUCUUUUCCACUGGCCCCCCUGUUGGCUCUGGUGAACAAUAUAUUGGAAAUAAGAGUGGACGCAUGGAAAAUGACUACCCAGUAUAGACGCAUGGUUCCAGAAAAAGCCCAAGACAUCGGAGCGUGGCAGCCCAUCAUGCAAGGAAUAGCAAUUCUGGCUGUGGUGACCAAUGCCAUGAUUAUUGCUUUCACAUCGGACAUGAUCCCCCGCCUGGUGUAUUACUGGUCCUUCUCCGUCCCUCCAUAUGGCAACCACACCCAUUACACCAUGGAAGGCUACAUCAACAGUACUCUCUCCAUCUUCAACGUCUCAGACUUCAAAAACCAAAGCAAGGGAAAUCCAGACCCUAAGGCGGUUAUCCCUACCACAUGCAGGUAUCGUGAUUUCCGGAACCCACCUGGACACGAACAGCAGUAUAAACACAACAUCUACUACUGGCACGUGAUCGCAGCCAAGCUGGCUUUCAUCAUUGUCAUGGAGCAUCUCAUCUACUCUGUGAAAUUCUUUGUAUCCUAUGCCAUCCCAGAUGUAUCCAAAAGCACGAAGAGCAAGAUCAAGAGAGAAAAAUACUUAACCCAAAAGCUUCUUCGGGAGAAUCACCUCAAAGAUAUGACAAAAAAUAUGGGGGUCAUAGCUGAGAGGAUGGGGGCAGUGGUAGAGAACAAUUUACGACCAAAAUUAGAAUAAGAGCUUUAUGUUCUGAGAAGCACUUUAUAGAAUUUAACUCCGUCAAAAUAUAUUAUGAAUCACUAAUGAGAAUGUUGAAGUCAAAACACUUUGGCAAAUAGGUGUCUUCGCUAUUGCCAUUUUCAUAGAGAUUAUUUUUCAGUUUCAGCCUGCCAUGCAGGACCUGGGAAAUGCAAAAUUUAGAUCAAGAAGUGCAUAAAACUAAUCACCUGGAAAACCAGAAAUGUUACCCUUUUUUGAUAAAUUGGAAUUUCUGUAACACAGAAAGUGUCUCGCAGUGUGCUUAAAAACCACCUCUUCCAAAGCUGAAUGGAUUUUUGUCCCUCCGUUUGAUUAUUUUCAUUCCUUUCUGUUCUCAAGCACAUGCUCCCCUUUUAGGCAGUGUUUCAUUUCUUCACUUUGCCAGCUCGGUCCCAGAGUUCUUUUCCUUACAGUACUUUCAUUAAAGACUAGACAUACUAGCUUUUGUGUGAUUAAAAAUAGCUAACUCAGAAUUCAGUUUGAAUGCUGUAUUCAAUGGCAAAUAGACCCAAGAAUUCACAAUAUUUAGGUGUAUUAGCACAUCCCUCCAGAAAAUGAAACCUCACUUAAUAAGAGGAAAUAGUUUCCGUCUUCAUUCUGGCCUGUCUUUCCAUCUCAAAGAAAUACUCUUAAUGGAUUGGAAUAAAGAUAGCAGGGUCCUGAA